GCCUCAAAGCUGUUUGCUUUCCAAGCUCAAACGCUAUUUGAAAUCUGACGCCUGGACUGCUUAUACUGUGGGCAUGCCCUUGCAGUGCACUGAUUUCCUCUGCAGCUUGCACAGCCAGAGCUGAGGCUCCCAGCGAGGAGCCGCUCCAUCAGGCAGCGAGUGCCACAUCACUGUGCUGCCUGCACAAGCGGCUCCAGCAUGGUCCUGAGGCUCCUGCUCCUCCUCAGCGGGCUGCUUAGGGCCACCAAGCCAGCACCCCGCUGUGAAACCGGCCAGGAGACCCUAGGUCAAUGCCAAACUGUACAGAAAGCAAAAUGUGUGGACAUUGCCUUAAGUUCUUGUACUGAUGUUACAUAUGCUCAAAUGAUGUAUCCUAAUUUUCUGGAUCAGAAGUCUCGAGAAGUGAUUGAGUACAGCUCUGAGUACAUCCUCAUCAGCGUGUUGCAAAACUUGCUCCAGGGAGAAUGCAAUCCGGACCUGAGGCUUCUGGGCUGCUCGGUGCUGGCUCCACAGUGCGAAAAGGACAAAGUAAUAAAGCCUUGCAGGCAUGUCUGUGAAAAUCUGAAGAAGAAUUGCCUCCAUGCCUUUGAUGCAAUAGACAUGGCUUGGCCAUACUUCUUAGACUGUGACCGUUUCUUUGCUGGAGAAGAAGAGGGUUGUUUUGACCCAUUGGCAAAGCUGCGAGGAGAAGUAGUAGUUGAAGAAGAUCUGCCUUCAGACUUGCCAGGAACUUUUAUCCAGUUCAAACACCAUUCAUAUUCCCAAAUGGUGAGCAUGUUGAAGAAGACUGCUUCUAAGUGCUCCCAUAUUGCAACGACCUACAGCAUAGGUCGCAGUUUUGAAGGGAAGGACCUUUUUGUGAUUGAGUUUUCAACCAAGCCUGGACACCAUGAACUGCUCAAGCCAGAAUUUAAGUACAUUGGCAAUAUGCAUGGAAAUGAAGUUGUGGGGAAAGAACUGCUAAUAUACCUCGCACAGUAUCUGUGUUCGGAGUAUCUUCUUGGAAACCCUCGCAUCCAGACCUUGAUUAAUAAUACAAGAAUUCAUCUCCUACCUUCCCUCAACCCUGAUGGGUACGAACUGGCUGCAGAAGAGGGAGCUGGUUACAACGGAUGGGUCAUCGGCCGACAGACAGCUCAGAACUUGGACCUGAACAGAAACUUCCCUGAUUUGACGUCUGAGGCUUACAGAAGAGCUGGGAUUCGUGGGGCCCGCCUAGACCACAUCCCCAUUCCACAGUCCUACUGGUGGGGUAAGGUGGCCCCUGAGACGAAAGCAGUGAUGAAGUGGUUGAGGUCUAUCCCAUUCGUGCUCUCUGCCAGCCUCCAUGGGGGUGAGCUGGUUGUGACCUAUCCUUACGACUACUCCAGGCAUCCUAUGGAAGAAAAAAUGUUCUCCCCUACGCCUGAUGAGAAGACAUUUAAAAUGCUGGCUAAAGCCUACGCAGAUGCACAUCCAGUCAUCUCGGACCGGUCCGAACUUCGUUGUGGUGGAAAUUUUGUCAGACGUGGAGGUAUUAUAAAUGGUGCUGAGUGGUACAGCUUCACUGGAGGUAUGGCAGAUUUUAAUUACCUUCACACAAAUUGCUUUGAAGUUACUGUGGAGGUAGGAUGUGAAAAGUUUCCUUUGGAGGAAGAACUGUUUACAAUCUGGCAUGAAAACAGAGAUGCCCUUCUGAAUUACAUGGAAAUGGUUCAUCGGGGAAUAAAAGGAAUUGUGUCUGAUAAGUUUGGCAACCCAAUAAAAAAUGCUCGUAUUUCAGUCAGGGGCAUCCAGCAUGAUGUCACCACAGCUGCUGAUGGGGACUACUGGCGACUCCUGUCUCCAGGGACAUACAUAAUCAGCGCACAAGCACCAGGAUACAGCCGGGUGAUGAAGAGGGUCACCCUGCCUACCAAGAUGAAACGGGCUGGGCGAGUCGACUUUGUAUUGCGACCUAUUGAGACUUGGCCCAACAAACUCCUCCGCCGCUCGAUGGAAGACAUAUACGACCCCUAUGACCCACUGGAACUAUAUGACCCUCAUGCCCAACAUGGGCAGCCUGAGGCUCGAGGUGGGUCACCGCCAGGCAGGGACAAACCUUGGUGGUGGUCUUACUUCAGCUCCCUAGACCUGCACAAACCUCUGUGGCUUCUCAAGCAGCGCUGAAGGGCGUCACGGUGCUCUGCUCACCUCGCUCUGCUGCCCUUCCACUCAGCUCCAGAUGCCCUCACUGCUUUUGGCAAUAUUUAAAUCUGUUUAAUUUGAAAAUACAGUGUUAACUCAAGCAUUGCUUACUUCUUUCGUUUUCUCUUCACACACAACUGAGUAUAUUCAAGUGUUUUUACAUAUUAAAAACAAUGGUGCACACCCGUUCAAAGGCCAGGUUUUAUGCAGUUUUUUUCUUGGUAAUGCUCCAUACUUCUGCCCAUGUAGUUAAUCAUCACAUUCAUUAUUUAUUAGGUUCUAAGUACCUGCAGGAAAAUAUUCCUGAGAUUUUUGUACGUCUUAACACAGUAAUGACUAUAUACUACAAACAACUUUCAGAAACAUGCAGAAAACUCUUUUCUUUCCUCUUUUUACAUUAUUAUUUUGGCAUAUUCAGUUCAUUAACUCUUCUAAUAUAGCUCAAGGUGAUUUUUUUAUUUUUAAUCCUCUAUGUGGAUUCAGACACUAGGAACUAGGAAUUUGGAAAUAAAUCUGAUUCUGAAUAAGUAAUAUGUUCUGCAGGAUAGGCUGCUUAUUGACAGGUCAGUAUCAAUAAUAACGUAUUUUCACAAGUAAAUUUUGAGAAGUUAUCCUUUGAAGACAUAUGUAUUAAAAGUGUUAAAUCUUUACAGGCUUCUUCCUUUGAAACCUGUUGUACCAUGAGUAAGCCCAUUAAAUCAAGAAAAAAGCUCGAGAAGUAAACUGUGUUCCAAGGAGUCUGAGUAUUCAAUCUUUACCAUGCUUAAGUGUUAAUAUAAUUUGAACAGUUUUUAAUCUGUUCAGCAAGGAGAUUUUUAAUCUGUUUCAACAAAAUACCAACAAAUACUUUUACUACUGGAUAUACUCAUAUCCUAUGUAGAAAAAUAUAUGAGAGAAUUUGUGAGGAAUUUAGGUUAAAAUCUGACAUACUACAUUAAAUUUGUUAAAAUCAUGCACUUUUUUGAGUCUAUAUGCUUGUUAAUGAAACUUGUAGACACCAAAGAAAUCACAAACUUCCUUCAAGAUAGUUGGUAAAGCUAGGUGAAUAGCAGUUUUACAAGAUGCUGUCCUCUCUUGGACAUCAGAUGUAAUGUUUUUGUAGGGUGAUUAAAAAAAUAUCCAUAAUUUUGAUGAAACACACAGGCCUAGACUUCCUUUUGGCUUGAAGUUGUUAAUGAACUCUAUAUACUGACAGUAUUUCCUGAUCUAAAUGCUGCAGUGUGUGAAUGUGAUUGUUUGGAGCUGAUGUAUUUACUGCAAGAGCUGCUGGAUUAGCUGUCUGGAUUGCCUUUUGAUUUCUAGCAGCCUUUUUGCUCAUUUUAGGUAAAGAAUCCCAAAUUGCAUAAAUCCUAUAGUCCAUGCGCCCAUAUCUUGUACUAUAAUUGCCUAAGAAGACCCAAGAGAUGAAUGAUCUUAAUUCUGCAACCAGAUGCUGCAUAUGCCUAAGUACCUUAUUCCCAGUUGUAAUCUGAUUGAAGUUAGGGGUCUGUUAUUCAUGUGCUUGAUUGUCUGCAGGACUGGAGACUAUGUAAAAAUUAAAGAACAAUUUCAUAGCAUUAACAAAAA